CUUCCUUAAGUAUUAGCACCACCAAGAGAGGUAUCAGCCCAGCCUAUCCUAGCAAGGCUUCCCGCUCGGGCCUUCGAGUACCUGAUUUAUUUAACCACGAAAGCUUCGCCACCAAGUUUCGCAAGAUCGUCGAAGGGGCACUUCCAGCGACAACUAUGACGUUGAAGCCGAGAUUCUCCGAUACAAAGGGACUUGCAGAGUCUUCGGUCUUCGUUGCUGACACUUUGCUGUUGGUCCACUCUGCCCUCACCUCUUCGCCUCCCAGACGCGUUCUCGUAGAAGGAGCUAAUGCACUCAUGCUUGAUCUUGAUGUUGGGACUUAUCCCCAUGUAACGUCAUCAUCGGCCAGCAUUGGAAGCGUUUGUACAGGUCUCGGCAUCCCUCCUAAGCAGCUCAGUAAAGUGAUUGGCAUCGUUAGGGCCUACACGAUCCGCGUUGGUGAAGGGCCAUUCCCAACCGAACAACAAACGCAAGUAUGAAUAGUUGUCAGCGUUGGUGUGCUGAUCGGCGAUUGGGGAGCAUCUUCAACAAGUAGGAGUUGAGUGGGGGAUCGUUACUGGACGAAAGAGAUGUUGUGGCUGGUUAGAUCUUGUGUGCUGAAACACUUAUCAUUAUGUAACGGCUAUGAUGCAUUCAAUCUACUUAAGUUUGACGUUCUUGAUGACUUAGACGAAAUCAAGAUCGGGGUUGAGUACGUUGUAGAUGGUAUAAUACCCAGGUAUUCUCCCCAGGUACAACUGCGUGGCCAUUUACUCCGAGGUAUCCCAAUAGAGUGGAUCGGAGCAGGGCAAAUAUCUGAACAAAGAAAAGAAUAUACGUUGCGUCGGAAAACGGUCAAUAGCAUGGGGCAGUGGUAGACUCUCAAGAUAGAACGAUCGGUACAAAUAGCUGUAAAAAUGUUCCGGAGGGCGA